UCAAAGUUGCACCAUCAAGUAGCAAAGUUACUGCAAUCUGUUUUAGUAUAAAUUGAGGCAUCGGCAAAAUGCACAUAACAUACAGAAAGGCUCAUUCCUUUUGUAAGAAGACAUCUGAAAGAAAAUUUUGCUGGCAAAGCGGAAGAGCGACGCAGGUUAAAUUGGAAGUGGAUUGCUGUGCUGCAAACGAGCAAGUGAAAAAUGGUACUCAAGAAGUCAAAGUGGGCUGGUAAAACCGGCAACACGCAAAGAAAGUAUCCCAAACAAAGCAUCUGUGACAAAAAGGCUGCUCAUAUAACUCUGGUACGAUCUCCUGAAUUAGGCCUCAGACAAGACGGCAGGUUGAAGCAAAGGCUAUCACAAAAUGAAAACUCUUCUGUUGGGGUCUCGAUGACACUUAACAAAAAGAAGCGAUGGAUGAUAACUGAAGAGCUUGAGGAAAAUAUGGAUGCCUUAUCAACAAAAAAGACCUUCACAGAGCAAGAUGACAUAAAAAGUCAGUCAUAUGGUAAGAAAAGAAUGAGAGCAAGACAUAGAAAAAACCAGACGGGUGAGCAAAGUGCUCCACCACCAAAAAUUGCUGUUUUUGAUACAGUUAGAUUCACACAAGGCAAAUGUUGUAGAGCAGUAUACAGUUUGGAUGAAGACAAUCCUGGUAUUAUUAAAGGCAAGAAAUGGAAAACAAGAAAAGAAACAAUGACAGAAGACUGUUAUGAUGAGACAUAUGAAAUUGAAUCUGAGGUUCCAUCAUCUAUGUGGCCAUACAAUGUUCAUUCGGCUAGAAACAGUGACCUUGUUAAAGAUAAAACAACAAGGAAGUGUCAUUAUCUGAGAGGAAACAAGCAUACAAAUGACAACAAUUUGAUUCAUGAAGAUCUGGAUGAUUGGUCACGUUUAUAUGAUGAUGAACAAUACGAAAUGGAUCUGGAAGGCAGUUUGGUUAUUGAAGGAAAUGAAGACAUAGAGGCAAAUAUUUGCUUAGGGGAUUUUAUGACAAAAAAAUUCCAGAAAAAGAAAAAGGAAAGAUUUUCAACAUAUGAUGUGAAAAACAGAAAUGAGAGAAUCUCCAUUGAAGACCUUUCAAAAGAUUUUCAAAAGGAUAAUGUCAUUUACAUUGAAGUCGAUGAAGAAUUAAGAAACUUUCAAAUGCAAGAGAUAGAACAGCAAGAAAGUACUGAAAAAGAGACCCAACAAGAUGUAUUUAGCUCAAACCAACACUUAAUAGGAGCUUCUGACUCUGCAAUGUUGGAAUGCCAAGAGUUUGAUGUAGUUGUUAGUACCUCUUCUAUAUUGCACAAUGAACUGAAAUCCAUUUAUGGAAACAAAUAUACAGAGGCAACAGUUAUUCCAAGAUGCUUUGGUGUUUUCAUUGACAAGGUCCUUCCAACAGAUGCCAUGACAGGAUACACUUGUUUCGUUGUGGUUAACCAAACAUGUGAGAGCAAAACAGAUGGGACAUCUUUGGUGAAAAUAAGGAUGUUUAGCAAUGGACCAAAAUUUGACAUGGCUCAGCUGGAACAAAUUCAGGGAACUGUAUUGGUAUUUGACCAAAUCAUCUCAAGCAUAAAGAAAGAUAUGUCUUUUAUACCACCUGUAAGAUGUAACUCUUCAGAGAAAAUGGUUUCUUUCCCCACAAGAAAGCUAACAAAAUGGCAAACAAAAUCCUAUAAUGUCUUGGAGGCUUUCAACCUGCUUGCAAAUGAGGUUUUUGCAGUAAACUCAGGUGAAUGUGAUAUGGAGAGUGAUGUAUCAUGUGAUUUACAAGUUGUCUCAAUAUAUUGUCAAAUAUGCUAUCAACAGUUGGCUGACCCUUUUCUCCCGAUUUCAGAGAAGUCAGGAAUGCACCAUAAAAACUGUCUCCAUAGUUUUUGCAGAGGAUGUUGGCAGUCUCAUCUGACAACCAGAAUUGAAAUGCAGACACCUGUGAUCACUUGCCCUGGCUUUGAUUGCAAAUCAGAAGUGGAUAUAGCUACAAUAUUAAGCACUGUUAAACCAGACAAAGCAAAGGUUUUCAUUAAAACAGUCUUUGAGAGAAAUCUUGCAGCUGCAAGGAAUUGGGAGUGGUGUCCUACUUGUGAAAAGGCUGCAUUUUGUCAUGGCUACCAAGGAGUUAAGGGGCCAUCUGCUCUUGGUGAUAUACCCGUUGUGAAAUGUCAGUGCAACACAACUUGGUGUUUUGAGUGCAAAGAAGAACAACAUUGGCCUGCUACUUGUGAUAGUGUAAGAGAAUACAGAAAUAGACUGGAAAAAGUAGUAGGCAGUAUUUUUGACAGCAAUGGAAGGUUUUAUGUCACUGAAGUAGAACUAAAGCCAUGUCCGCUUUGUAAAACACCCAUCAACAAAUCUCAGGGAUGCAAUUAUAUGACAUGUAGGUGUGGUCGUUCCUUCUGCUGGAACUGCCUGUUGCCAUUUCCAAACCAUAGCCAUGACACUUGUAAAUAUGUACCAGUGAAAAUGAAGACAUUUACAAGUGUUGGUGUCUUCUUGCAGUAUGGUGAUGAGAAGCUCAUGAAAAAAGCUUUAGAGUACAGAUUUCAAAUCACUGAAUUACUCAGAAGCAAGACAAAGCUUGGCCUUGGGCGACAGUCUACACAUGUUAGCAAAAUUCAUCCAGAAGGAUCUAAAGAGGCACUACUGAAAAGAGUGUUUGGAUUUGCAAUCAGUGUUAACAAGAUGCUUGAGUACUUGGUGGUAACAAGAAAGGAGUCAAAAUCAAAACAUUAUAGAAGAAGAAUUUGCCAAUUCUUUGAUGUGGCUGACUUCCUGCUGAAAUGUUUGACAGAUGAACUGUCAGGCAACAACAUCAAAACGAUCAACAUGAAAGAAGUUAUGAGUUUUUCAAAGCAACUAGAUACUCAUGUCCAAAAUCUGAAAGGAUUUGGAUUGUAAUAAUAUAAGUAAGAGCUUUUUCUUCACCUAGUGUGUAUUCUUCACUUAAAUUUGCCCUACCAAUUAACAUCUUACAUUUGCAUCUUUAACUGUUUAGAGCUUUUUAGCAGUUUUUACGUGCACAGAGCCAGUACCAUUAAAGAUGAUUAUUUUUGCAUUUUUCAACUCCCACAUCAGAAAUGAUUUAUCAACUGGAAUUCUCAAGUUAGAGAACGCAACAGGCUUCAAACACAUUUUCUGUUGCUGAUUUAAACCUUCUUGGUAUUAAGAUUUUUAUACCACCUUGAUAUUAAGAUUUUUAGACAGCCUCUCCCAGCCUAAGACAUCUCUCAUGGAAGACCAGUUUUAAAGAAAGUUUGAUAUGUGCACUGUAAAUAACUUAUAAUCUUGUUGUUGGUUCUACCCUCUAGGUAGAAGUGAAAUGUAUUGCAUGUUGAUAAUCAAUGGUUUUUAAAGAUAUUGUAUUGAUAAAUAUUGCCAGAGCAAAUCAAUAUUUUGCGAGUGCAAUCUUUGGUGUGAAAUGUAGUUUAACAUUGCAAAACAAAGUAUGUACUACAAAAAUACACAAACA